GCUGCUGUAUACUGAGUCAGACCAUUGGUCUAUCUAGCUCAGUAUUGUCUUCACAGACUGGCAGCGGCUUCUCCAAGGUUGCAGGCAGGAAUCUCUCUCAGCCCUAUCUUGGAGAAGCCAGGGAGGGAACUUGGAAUCUUCUGCUCUUCCCUUCUGCUCCAUCCCCUGAGGGGAUUAUCUUACAGGGCUCAAUCCUGUACUGCAGGAAGAAGAAACUGAAUUUAAAAAGCAGCUGGAAAGCCUGAGAACCUGCUGACAUCCAGGAGAAGAAUGCCUUCAGAGUUUCUGCCUGGCCUGUGGGUGGCCUCCUAUUUCUUCGGAUACAAGUACUCUGCAAAGAGCAAGGAGGAUGAAGGGAAGCCUGCCAUCCUUACCAACCUGCAAGAUUUUGCAAAGAGCAAGGAGGAUGAAGGGAAGCCUGCCAUCCUUACCAACCUGCAAGGCUUUCCAGAUGCUGGCAAACGGGCACCACUCCCUGGGGAACAAAUCUCAUUUGAUUAUCCAUGGGAUAAAUCCAGCAAAAAGUCAAUGCCAAUAGAAGUGCAACAGUUCAAGGAACUUGAUGAAUAUGUCUUAAAGCAGGUGGACGUCAAGGACAGUAUGGAAAAUCUGGUGAGUGCCCUGCUCAAAAAAGCCCACAGUGACCUGGAGAAAGUCCGAGCCAUUUGGAUGUGGACUUGCCAUAAUAUUGAAUAUGAUGUGAAGGCUUAUCAUACUGAAGCCAAGUGGAUAACUGAGCCAGCUGAGAUCUUUCAGUUCCGAAAGUGUGUGUGUUCUGGAUAUGCUGCCUUCUUUGGAAAAAUGUGCAGCAUUGCAGGGAUUGAAUGUAAGAAACUGUCAGGCUUUGCCAAAGGGAAAAAGAAAUUAAAAGGCUUCAAGAAUCCUAAUCAUUCCUGGAAUGCAGUUUAUCUUGAUGGAAGAUGGCACCUGUUGGACAGCACCUGGGGAAGUGGCUAUGUGACCAAUUCCUCCAGCAAGUUUGUUUUCUGCUACAACGAGUUCUACUUCCUUACCCAUCCUGCUUUUUUUAUUGACAAUCACUUCCCGGAAGACCCCAAGUGGCAGCUUCUGAAACCGGCUCUGACGCUGGAACAGUAUGCAGACGAUGUGCAGUAAAAUCAACAGUAAACAACAAACUGGAACCCUCAAUCAAAAACCACAGACAACAUACCUAAUAUGAAAAGAAAUCUGUAUUAAGGCUACAAAUGACUAGAAAAAAGUGAGCAGUCAACAACACCUGCAUAUGCCACUGGCUGCAAAUUGGUUACUGGGCAAAAUACAAAGUGCUAGUUAUAACUUAUAAAACCCUAAAUGGCUUAGGAUCUGGGUAUCUAAGAGAACGUCUUCUUCAUUAUUAGCCCCACUGCCCAUUGAGGUCGUCCGGAGAGAUCAGUCUCCAGUUGCCCCCAGCUCGGCUGGUGGCCACAUGGGGAUGGGCUUUCUCGGUUGCUGCCCCGAGACUGUGGAAUGCGCUCCCUGCUGAGAUACGAUCCUCCGCAUCUCUGACAAUUUUUAGAAAGCAUUUGAAAACCCACCUCUUCACCCAACCUUUUUCAGUUCUUAAAAAUUUUAAGGUUUUAAUUUGUAGGUGAUUUUUAAAUUGUUAAAUUGUUUUAAGUUUUUGUAUAUAUUUUAACUUGUUUUAUGUUAUUGUUAGAGACAAAAGUUUGGGGCAGUGUACAAAUUUGAUAGAUAAAUAAAUAAAAUGCGCUCUA